ACAAUCGCAGUGGCGGCUCACUUGGCUUCAAUUUUGCUAGUUGGAGGCUGGCUUGACCGCAGUAGUGCUUAGCUCCCCCUCUUAAUAAGUCUAAAAUUUCUCUCACUCUUUACCCCACCCACAACAUUGCUUAACAGUUAUUUGUUGCACUUCUCUGUUCCUGUGAACAAGUACAGCGAGCUUCUUCAACAUGGAUUCCGCUGCGCCAACAACCACCACCACAGAGAUCACAAGUGGUCAGAGAAAGAACUGGGAUGAAGCCAAGGUGCUGAUGUCCAGCAAACCUCUUCAUCGCUUUGUCCAAAAGGAGCCCCAGAGUCUUGGGGUUGUCAUUGUGAUCUGUGGCUGUGUUGAGUUCAUGAUGGGUUUCAUCUUGAUCAGCGAACCUCUGGAAAACUCCACCAAAAUCUUAAUCCCUUUCUGGCAGGGAGCUCUGUUGCUUGUCUGUGGAAGCUUGUCUAUCUACACCGGAGCACACCCUUCGAAAAGGAUGGUGACUGUUUGUUUGGCCAUGUAUGUAGUUGCCAUCCUGGGAAUUAUUGUCUCUGUGGGAUACAGGGUAGUCUGCAUUUCCAGUUAUCGCUUUCUCAGAUACUAUGCAGGUCCACGAGUGGGGCAAGAGUGGAACUACAGCAGAAUGCUGCAACUUUAUGGUAUUGAAGGCAUUUUGUGCACAUGCUCCCUCUGCGUAUCAGUGCUGCUCAUCUUCUUGUCAGCUGUUGCACGCUUGGCUCUGAAAUCAACACAUACUCAGGUCAUUUUCCAGCAAAUUUCAACCCCGCAGGAUGUUACAACAGCCCAAGAAUAAUUAUGAUGGACACACACACAUUCAGUUACUUUCAAAAUCUAACAGGUUCCAAUACUGCAUAAUGUACAGUAUCUACAUUUUACUUUUACAAAGCCAAGACCUUUCUCUGAUGACACUGUUGAGUUAUUCAUUUAACAAUGAGUUUAUUCUUGUGAUUGUAGUUUGCAUCUUCCCAGAGCCUUUAAAAUCACCAGUGCAAGUUACAUAUUAUCGUGUAUCUUUAACCAAUCUGCUUUAAAAUUCCUCCUGCAGCUAACUGGCC